GUCGCUGGGAGACCACAAACAAUCUAUCUGGAUAGGUUUCUGCUGCUCGUAUCUAGGAUGGGCUGCAUGAGAUAGAUGUAUUCCAAAGCAUCACCAUUCACCCGAUGUUGACGAGGUGAUGUUGUUGAGGCUUUAGGCUCCCCUGACUCGUCGAUUUUCACCGAGCAUCGCGGUUGGUAUCGCACUACGUAGUAAGCCACACCAACCGGCAACAAACCACGCGAGAGGAUAUUAUUAUCCCGGGCAUUCAGGCUUCCAAUGGAAGGGGGAAACCGGAAAAUGCAGCAUUUUUUUGGAGCGGCACCAGGAUGCACGAUGCACGAUGAAGGGAAUCCUUGCAUGACUGACGUUUGUGAAUGGCCCAUCAUUCAUCAAUCUAUCCCUCUAAACCAUCACUCCAUCAACCCUCCAUCAUCGGUUCAUGUGUCCCUCGUUUCAGCCUUCUGCCUUCAGCUCCUGCUCCGUAUUUCCCUCUUCCCUCAAGAACCGAGAAUCAACAAUCAAGGACCAUUGUCGGAACAAACGAAGAAUUCCUUGACAAAACUCCCCCAAACUUCCUAUCAUCACCGUUUGAUCUCGUCCAUCAGAUUAUUGCCGCUUGCCGGUGACACCAAGCAUUCAAGCAUCGGAAAAGUGGAUAUCGUCGACGAGGCAACAGCAGAGAAAAGAGGGAACCGAAAAGAGGAACCAGAACAGGAGGGCCCAGUCUCUUGUGUCCUUCAACUCCUGGCCAUUCGGGAAUCGGAGCUCAAGAGGCGAACAAAGUCGACAAGUUUGCCUUCGUUGCUCUUCAUCAUUCCUCAUCUGGUAUCCACGACUUGGUGUCUUCCGGUACGUUGCGGGAUUGUUCCACGGUUCGGCAGCAGUCUUGUCGACACCUUGCAUCACCAUUCACAUUCAUCAAACGCCACCAUUGCCCAAUUCCCAUUCUCUCAUUCCUGUGUAUCCAAGGAGCCACGGGGAUUUGUGCCUUGCUUAAGCCUCAACUACCUAUUAUUAUCAGUAAUUCCCUUUCGGCAGCGGUACCAUUCACGGAAUUUACCAAGCCGUUUACUGUCUACUACGUACGUAGUAAGCUGUAACAAGCUGUCGCAGCAAGGAAUAAAUUCCAGGAUCUAGCAUUCCCAUUCCAUCCAAUCCGCAGGCUCCCAACCAUUUUAGUUUUCUCGGCCUUUUACUUCUGCCCUGUCGAAAUCAUCAUAGCGGCAUCCCCAAAUCCACCGCCGCUUGACCGCUUCAAGUUCGUGG